AUGUCUCAGCCUCAACAGAAAGGAUUCAUGAGCAAGAUCUUCAGCCCGACUCUUGUUCUCGGAGAGCAGGUUGUGACUCGUUCCAUGGUUGUUCAGCAAGAAGUUCAUGAUGUAUCGAGCAGUCAAAAGUCUGCCACGGGCCAUGAAGUGUUCUGUGUCAGAUACUCCCCCGAUGGACAGGUGGGAUAUGCCAGCUAUAGGAUUGAAUCCGUUGACCACCAGUUUCAGUUCAUCGCUGCUUCCCGUGGGAACGGCGAGAUUGACAUUUACUCGACAGUGAAUGGCAACAAGAACUCUUCUAAGACCAAGAACGUCCUUCUUUCAGUGAACGCAAACGGGCUAGUCAAGCACUGGCACAUGACAUCAAUGAAAUGUUUGCACACCAUCAACGAGGAUCCUAAUCAGUGUUAUGCCCUCGACUACCGAGCUGAUGGGCUCAAGUUCGCCACAGCCGGGCAAGACCACCAGGUCCGCAUCUAUGACGAGGCGACCAAGACGUUACAGUCGACAUUGACUGGCGGUUAUGGGCGAACUCGUGCUGGCCAUUCGAAUCGGGUCUUCUCGCUCAAGUUCAGCACGGAUGAUGAGAACCUGCUGCUGAGUGCUGGAUGGGACAACACAAUACAGGUCAGCACCUGGCCCCCUUUCGAUCUGAGAGCAUUCCAGUCUCUCAUUCCGAUCAUGGUGUGGGACAUCCGGAUGGAUGUACCAUGCAGGAGUGUGUUCGGCACGCACAUCACAGGCGACUCCAUCGAUCUCUACGACAACUAUAUCGUCAGCGGAUCUUGGCGCCCUGAGAAUCAGCUCCAGUUGUGGGACCUUCGGACUUGCACUCUGCUAAAGAACUACAACUGGACCAACGCCUCUCAUCCUUGUUUGCUCUAUGGCACGCAAUUCAGCAAGGACGUCGGGGCUACUUACAUCAUCGCUGGUGGCAGUGGGGCCAAUGAGGCUCGCCUCUACAAAAGAGAAAGUGGGGAGCAAGUGGGUGUUGUGCUCGGCAUGAAACAGGGCGUGUACAGCGUUGACUUCCAUCCCUCCAAGAGUCAGGUGGCCAUCGCGUCGGGUGACGGGACCGUCCGUCUCAUCGACUAUCAGCGCGAGUGA